UAACAAUUGACAAUAAUGACUGAAAAUCAAAUAAUUAUUAAAAAAAUUGCUUGAUAAAAGAAAUUUAUAAAUUACGCAAAAUAUUAAAUACUAAACAAUUAUAAUCACAUUGCAUAUUGUAAUAUUUGGCUUCACAAGUAUUGUUGUUACCUUAACUGCAGAUACAUAAGAUUAUUAUUACACGUAGCCAUUUAAAUAUUGAUCAUGGUGAAGGUAUAUGGACUUGUAGUUUUGUAUAAAGGAGUGACCAGUGCCACAAUUUUAAAAGCGGCAUAUGAUUUACAAAGCUUUAGUUUUUUCCAACGAUCUUCUGUUCAAGAGUUUAUGACUUUUGUGAGUAAGACAAUUGUUGAGAGAACACAUCAAGCAUCCAGGCAAUCAGUAAAAGAAGGUGAAUAUAUGGUUCAAGUAUAUGUAAGAGCAGAUAACCUUGCAGGGGUUCUUAUAUCAGAUCAUGAAUAUCCGAAUAGAGUUGCACAUACUCUUAUAACAAAGCUGCUUGAUGAUUUUUCUGCUAAAGUGCCAGUGGCAACUUGGCAGACUGGAGAUGAAACAACUAUUGACUUUCCUGUCCUCCCACAAUAUUUAGCCAAAUAUCAGGAUCCUAAAGAAGCAGAUGCUUUGACAAAAAUACAGAAUGACUUAGAUGAAACUAAAAUUAUUCUUCAUGACACAAUUAAAGCUGUGUUAGAGAGGGGAGAGAAAUUGGAUGACUUAGUUGAAAAAUCAAAUAGUCUUUCUAUGCAUAGUAAGGCAUUCUAUAAGACUGCUCGUAAGACAAAUAGUUGUUGUAAUUUUUGAGGGAUUUUGAUGUUGAUUUCAAAUUAUUGAAUAAUAUAUAUGCCUAAAACAGUAUGAAAAGCAUUUUAUAUGUAAUGUGUUAAAUAUGUGCAUUAUAGGUGUGUCACAUUGUUCUUAGCAUUUUUUGAGUAUAGAUAAAUAUGUAAUCCUGAUAUAUUUAAAUAAAUGUUAUAAAUUAGGUAAGACUGAUAUGGAUUUCCAUUAUGUAAAGCACUUAGCUGACAUAAUACUUAAUAUGUAUGAGAUUAGCAUGAGUAAAUCCUUUUUGAAAUCACAAAUCAAUCCCACUAAAUGAUUCGUACCAUCUUUAUGAGUGAUCUUAUGUAUAAUAUUGUAAAAUGUAUGAAAUCUCAAUAAAUUAUCUUAUUAACAAAAAUGUUAGUGUGGGUCAUAUUUUCUAUGUGUAUUAUGUAUGGUCUUCUGUAUUGAUGUAUCUGUAGGAUCUAUUCUAGUAGAUAUUGUUAUAUUUAUAUUGCCAAUUAUAUAGUAUGAAUCUAUACUGAUUAUAAAGUAGAGGUUGUCCUUUCAAUAAGUUUGUUCCUAAUAUGGUUUAACCUUUAGGUCCAUCCAUUGGCUAAAGCAUGUUUGCAAUAUUUUUUCCUUAAAUAUAUGUUAAGAGAACAAAAGGAUGUCUAGAAACCACUAAUAUUUAUGUAGUUUAAUAUUUGUCUAUAUAUAGUUACUAUAAUAUGGUAAUUUAUGUAUUAACUAUAUAUUAUUAGCUAUAUAUAUUAGUUAUGUACUUGGAAUGUAAUGGUAACAUCUGCUCAGAGAAUGUUCUAGAUGCAAUUGGUCUCUGUUGUGUACAGACAUGUUCAAUCCAUUAUUGGUUCAGCAGUCAAUGCUCCAAAGCAAAAUAGGUACAAGAUGAGAGUUUGCAUGUGAACUGUAUAGCCCUCUAAUCAAGUGUAAUGUGGAAUUCAUAUUCUUAUCUUUCUGUUAAUAAUUUUGGUCACAAACCAUUAUAUUAUCGCUGGAACCUUAGAAACUUAGAACCUUUCCAUAUAAUUACAUGCAUAAUGUCUGUUAAGGAGCCAAAAAACAUAAAAUUAAUAUCAUUAUUAUUAUAAUAUUUUGUAGUCUGUACAGGUCAGAGAUGUGAUUUGAAACUGUAUAAAAAUAAAGUAAAAUAUGUGAACAUAACAUGUAUUUGUUCUGUGAUCAAUUUGAAAUAAUUAUGAAACUUAAUUUUUAGUUAAAUAUAAUGUUAUUGUUAGUUCAAAUGAUGACUACAUAGAUGUUUUGUUUUGGAUUACGAAUUUUUAUUUUAUAUAGUAAAAUUUGCUUAACCUUUUAAAUAAAUGUGGCAUAAAGAUCA